AUGGCGAUAGAUUGUCCGUCUCUCCCGCAAGUACCUUUCGCGUCCAGUUACUCGUGCAACAACAGCCCGUACGUGGCGGGAACGCAGUGUCAGUACUUUUGUGAUACAGGAUAUGAAGUGGUCAGCGGUGACGCCUUCAAGACCUGUGAGAUUGGGCCAUACUGGUCUGGGGAAGACCCAGUCUGUCAAGGCUGUCCUGAACCACCGGUGGUUGCUAACGCCAGUUGGUCCGGAUGUACAGCCCCUUACGCACUGACCACCGAGUGUACCUACACGUGUGAUGACGGGUUCAUCGUUAACGGAGGGGACGCCGUGAGAACCUGCGCCGCCGGCCUCGUCUGGGCAGGAGUCGACGUAAUCUGCUUGAUUGACGGCAACUGGGGCGAAUGGUCGAGUUUCUCUGCCUGCAGCAGCGGCUGUGGGUUCGGGCAGCAGGGCAGGACGAGGACCUGCACCAACCCCGCUCCGGCCGGCGGUGGGGCGGACUGUGUCGGGCCGGCGGGAAGCAGUCUGCUCUGUUUCCAGACGGACCAGUGCUCAAGCCAAGGGGGGCCGCUCGAGGCAUCAGAUGGUGUAUCUAGUGACCUCGGGGGCCUGAGUCUUGCUGAGAGUAACGCGAGUCUUGUGGAUGUCCUGAGGUGGCGGACCGGACAGCCUUUACCUGACUCGUAUAAAGCCGACGAGAGGCCACUGUCUGAAGCUCGGUGGUUUGAAACAGCCUCACGUGUGCACGUCCUUCGUCUCAACUCCAUCUCCGAGGACCACGCCAACCUGUCGGUGACAGUUCAGUACGAGUUGGCGUGGUUUGACCCGCGUCUUGCCCAGCUCACCCCCACCUGGAUGCCCGUCCCCCCGGACAUCCUGUGGUCCCCACCCCUCCAGUAUGGGCGGACCGUCCGCGGGGCUACAGCCAUGGAUGAGGAUGGGACGACCAUGUGGCUCAACAGUCAGGGAAUGAUCGUGUACAAGAUAACACGGAAGUUCAAGUUGAAAUGUGGCUUAGAACUUGCAAGGUUCCCGUUUGACACACAAGUCUGCAGUACUCAGCUACAUGCCUACAACGGAGUCAGGAUCCGCUUCUUCCCAUCCAGCAUCCUGGAGAGGACUCCGAUAAGGACGGACGUCCUUGGUGUGGUGUCUCAACACCAGCUGAUGGGCGUGGAGCUACAGGCAGGAUACAACUCUCUACUGACCAACGCAUCAGGCUGCGAUUACUUCGUGGAAAAGUGCGACUAUGAAGGCGUUGAUGAUGAAUGCCAGUCUGUGCAGUUCGAUCACUGUGAUGGUGAGGAGUGCGAUCGGUGUAAACAGCUGAUAGGAGAAUGUCGGUACAACUUCGGAGACUGCUCAGACUACCCGCUAGGAACAAGUACUUACAGUACUGUUGGGAUAAAGCUUCACCUGAGACGUCGGUUGUGGCGCUACGUCUUCACUCUGUUCUUCCCGUCAAUCGUGGUCGUCUUGUCGUCUUUAUUCCAAACAUGGCUGCCACUGACAACAUCUGUCAUCUCUGCGCGGGUGGUUCUGGGAAGUACUGCGCUGCUCGUCAUGGUGAAACAGAGCACCGGAGUUCACCGUGUACUAUGGGCUACUGAAGCACAAGCCAGAGACAUUUGGCUCUUUGGAUGCCUUGCAAUAGUGAUUGCAGCAUUGCUGGAGACAGCUAUUGCACACAACGUAUACUGUUGGGAAGAACGUAAGAAAAAGGAAAGGGAGAAGGAGCAAAAAGUGUUUGCGAAAGUUCGUAUUCCCCGGCCUAAGAUGCACAAUCCUUACCUGCUCGUGAACAGUCCGGCGUUGGAGGCGGAGUCUGGCACGGAAGAAUUUUUGUGGAGCCCACGGCAGCCUCAGAAACCCAUUCAACCGACCACGAAGAGAAGAAGACACAAGAAAAGUAGAAUGAAGUCAAACAUCUCAAAGACUGAAAAGCCGCGCGCGAUGACAAAGAAAGAUGCUUCAGAAAAGAAGGGGGAAGAGGAAGUAGCAUUGCCUGCUAAGGCAGACAAAGCAAUGCCCAAUAGACAGAGGAAGUACAGUCAAAAUAUCAUCAUUACCUUCCUCGGGCCUGAGGUGGAAUCCGGCACAGAAGAAUUGUUGUGGGUCCCUCUCGAGAAGACAAAACCAAAAAAGCAGCAGACCAAGGGUCGUCCAAUUCACAAGAAAGGGGAGCAAAUUGCCGGAAAUGUUUCGAAACAUGAUACUUAUGCCACUAAAAGGGACCACAUCACAUCAAGUGAAAACGCGGUGUCCAAGAACAUAAAAAAUGCUUCACAAGCAGUCCCCAAGACCUCCGUCACAGAUCCAGCCAGUAGGACUCAGGUGCUACCUGUAUUCAUUCCCCGCAAAGAACCGAAGUUCAGACAACCGGAGCCAGCAGAGCCACUAGAGAAGCCCAAAGACAUUACCGCUAGAAUAGACGAGAUAGCUAGAUUGUUGCUGCCUCUGUCAUUUGUAGUAUUCUGCGUGGUAUACUGGGCACAUUACAUGCGUUACUGAUUUGCGUGGCGCAUUUACAUAAACUGGGCACAGUUGCCGCGACUUAACAAUUAGUAAUGUGGGCAGUGUAGCAAAUCAGCUAAAUUUUCAAUUAAAGGCAGUAUGGUGGCAAGCCAAUGAGUGUGUCUUUUCC